GCCCAUCGUCGCCCGCGCCUCGAGCGUGCUGCGAAGGUCGCCGAACCGACCAAGUGAGAACGAGUGGCCACUGCGCAAUGCGCAUUGCGCUGUAUAAAUGAAGUAUUCGGCUCGGCGGGGUAAAAAUGACAGUUGCUAGUAUCUUGCGACGCACCCUUGUAAAUGGUACAGUUUAUUCAGCUGCAGGCUUACGCUAUGCUUCAACUCAGUCAGAGAAAAAGGUGUUUUUCGAUGUAACCGCUGAUGACGAACCUUUGGGUCGCAUCGUGAUGAAACUUUACAACGAUGAGGUUCCGAAGACCGCUGAGAAUUUUCGGGCUCUGUGUUCUGGAGAGAAAGGAUUUGGGUAUAAAGGAUCGUCUUUCCAUAGAAUUAUUCCGGGUUUUAUGUGUCAAGGAGGCGACUUUACUAAUCAUAAUGGUACUGGUGGGAAAUCUAUUUACGGCCGGACCUUCGCCGACGAGAAUUUCACUCUUAGACACACCGGAGCCGGAAUCUUGUCAAUGGCCAAUGCUGGACCUAACACAAAUGGAUCACAGUUCUUUAUCACUACUGCUCCUACACCCUGGUUGGAUAGAAAGCAUGUUGUUUUUGGAUCUGUUGUCGAAGGUAUGGCUGUAGUACAGAAAAUGGAAAGCUUUGGCUCAAAAAAUGGAAAGCCCUCAAAGAAAGUUAUUAUUGCAGAGUGCGGUGAGUUAAAAUGAAACUGAAUUUUAAUUUGUUUUUAAAUUAGUGCCAUUGUUGAAAUAGAUUCUGUAGAAUGUUGUAGUAGUUUGUAAGGAUAAUAAUUUUGUAAAUAUAUAAAAUUUGCAUUUAAAACUAGUUCUAAUUUAGCCUAGAUCUUUCAUCUGCCUUUAUUCGUAUUUGUAAGAAGUAUACCUCAGAUAAGUAUUAUUGGAUAUUUGUCCUGCUUUUUUCUAGUAUGACCAUAAAUAAGUAGGUGUUUGGAAUUUGAUUAGUCAGUUAAAAAUCAUUUAUUCUGUUUUGUCUUUGAAAAAAGUCAAUAGAUAAUUCUUCAUAUCUAGUUUGCUUACCUCUAACCAGGUUUUAU